AUGGCGGCAAAAUCGCCGUUCCUCUCUCGUCUUCUAAGACGACUCGAAGUCAAUCGCGAUACGGAUGCUCAAGUGGAUAUAUAUGUGAACAAAGAUACGCGGCCACUGCCCCCAUCUCGACGACCCUACGGGCCGUGGCAUUUUGUUGGCCUCUGGAUGGUAACUGGAUCAUUUAACGUUGGGGGAUGGACGACCGGAUCGUCGUUGAUUUCGCUUGGGCUUAAUGUUUGGCAAGCCAUGCUCGCCAUCAUAAUCGCGCAUACCUUCGUUGGAUUCGUCUGCGUGGCGGGCGGACACCCCGGCGCGAAAUGGCACAUCGGCUUUCCUAUCUGGAUGAAGCAGAACUGGGGAAUAUGGGGGUAUUUAUUUCCUAUGGCAAUACGAGUGUUUCUCUCCUUCGUCUGGACAGCCACGAAUACCUGGUACGGAAGCCAGUGCCUCAAGGUCCUUUUGACCUGCAUCUGGCCUUCAUUCCUAAAUCUCGACGGCGACCUUGCAAACGGUGCGAUGAAAGUGUACGAUAUGGUCGCCUUUGUGCUGUACUUCCUCCUCUGCCUCCCGCUGGCGUGGUUCAGUCCAGAAAACUACAAGAAACCAUUCAUGUUUGCAUCCGUCACGGUCGCAACCACCGUCUUCGUCCUCCUCAUCUGGUCAACCGUCCGAGCAGACGGAGGCGGUGCCCUUCUUCGCGAUACCAGCAGCGUCUCCGGCAUCGAGCCUGCAACCGGCAGCGCCCUCGGCUGGGCCUUCGUCUCCGCUAUAACAGCCAACAUCGGAAGCAUCGCAACGCACAUGUGGUCGCAGUCCGAUUACACCCGCUACGCCCGGAAGCCCGGCGACCAAGUCCUUGCCCAAAUCAUCAUGGUCCCGCUCGGUACAAUCAUCGUCGCCUGCAUCGGAAUCAUCUGCACCUCCUGCGCCGCAACCCUCUACCCCCAGGAAGAAGGCCUCCUCUGGAACCCCUACGAUUUCCUCGACGCAGUGCGCCGCAACGAAGAUACCCGCGGCGCACGCGCCGCCGUAGCAUUCGCCAGCAUCGCAUUCAUGCUCUCGCAAUUCGGCAUGGUCGUGGCCUCGAACCUCGUCGUUGCAGGAAUCGAUCUCGCCGCUUUACUACCCCGCUACUUCACCAUCCGCCGCGGCGGCUACUUCACCAUCGUCUUCGCGUUCGUCCUGCAGCCCUGGUCGCUCCUGAACAGCGCAACGUCCUUCCUGACUGUCGUUGGCUCGUUCAACAUUUUCCUGGGCCCGCUCAUGGGCAUCAUGUUCGCGGAUUAUUUUCUCCUCCGCAAGACGACGAUGAAGUUAACGCAUAUGUACGGCUCCACGCCGGCUAGUAUAUACUGGUACACGGGGGGAUGGAACUGGCGUGCGGCUGUUGCGUGGGUAUUUGGGACGUGGUAUCUGGUUCCGGGUCUUGCGCAGAGGGCGAUGGCCUCAGGGGAGGUUUGGGCGGGGUGGACGAGGCUGUAUCAGCUGGCUUGGUUCCUGGGGUGUCUUGUUUCCGGCUUGGCUUAUUUGGGGUUGGAUUGGGUAGCUCCCAUGCCCGGGAAGAGGAAGGUUGAUGAUGAGGAUUACUUUGGGACGUUUGAGGAGCGGGAUGAAAUUCUGGGUGUUGAUGUUGAUGUGGCGGCAAAAGAAGGGGCUCUUCGGGAGAAGGGCGAAGUGACUAUAGCCGAGAAAGGAGUUGGUGCAUAA